CCUUAUCUGGUCAUUAAGGCGAGUUGUGAUUCCUUCUGUUUUUGAUUCCUCUGCUUCUAAAAAGCAGGAGGUUUGGAAGAGCUUCUUUCCCCAGAACAAAGUUUAUGAUCUGUCUGAUCAACUAAAUCAGUGUGGGUCCCAUACUUAUCAAGGACUUUUUACUUUAAGUAACUUAGUAAUUAGGGAGCAGCUUCCUGAGAAUGUAACCAUUCAAGGACAUGUUCUUAGUGGACGUUAUUAACUCUCAGACACUUCAAUGGUAGAUGCCUCCAGUUUUCUUCCCUGCCCAUCGUGGGCCCCCCCCAUCUAGCUGGUCCCACUGUGAGCAGCGGCAGCUUUGCUUCUGCCAUGUCCGGCAGCUCCCUCUCCCUGGUAAGUGCCACACGUGCUUCCCCAGCAGUCUGCUGUCACUCCCUGCUCGGCCUCUGGCGUUUGUUUUGCUAGAAAACACCCAGCCCCGUUUCAGUCCCUGGUCUGGUGACCUCAUCCCCCUCUGGUGCAGCUUGUUGAUGAUCUUGCAGUCCAGCUGCUACUCUUCCUGCAGGAGACUGUUAGGCUGUGGGCGGGAGCAGCAUGGGUGCUGGUGGAGAAGUUGGAAAUCUCCCUCCUGCUCCAUCCCAGCGUCUGGAGGAGUUAAGGCCAAGAAGGGGACCAAACUGAUGGUUUCAUAGCCCUUGCCCGAGUCUCCAUCCAAAUUAGCUGAUCCCCCUCUUUGCUGGGGGGCGAAAGUCAGUGUCCCUCCCAAGGUGUCAUUUCUGUUGUUCAUUAGUACCUGUACAUGUUUUCCUCACUUUUUUUCGCAGUGGAAUUCUAUUAGUGCAUUACAUGAGUGAAGCAGAAGUUCUGUAUUUUUUUAAAAUCUCCUUAAUGUCAGAAUAAGGGGUAGAAGAGGGAAUAUUUAGGAGAUUAGCUUCUCGUGGAUUUAAGUUGGCUUUGAUAUUCAGUGUUUGGAAAGGUCUUAAAUGAUUUCUGUUUUAGAAAUCCUUUUACAACUACUUGUUAUCCCAGGGAGAUUACUUUAUACCUUCCAGCCCCAGCCGUUGUCAGUCUUAGCUGCUUUAGAGGAUGAAAUGCAUCUUGUCCAUCAAGUGUUUUCGGCUCAUGGGAUUCAGUUCAAGUCCAGUCAGGUCUCCUUGGCUGGGGUUUUGUCCUGUGAACAGAUACUCAGUUGUGUCUCGUGUGUCUGCAUUCACUCGUGACUCUCUACUUGCUUGUUCCGAGCAUAGUUAGGUCAGCUCCUAAAAAUGCAUUCAGCAGAGGACUUCAAAACAUCAAUUGCUUCAUUUGUAUGCAAAUAGAAAGUGGUGGAUAAUUAUAUAUUAUACGCCUUUGUGUAAGUUCAUUUAAUACUUGUCUCAAAGGAGUGUGCCCUUACUGAGAAAAAGUGUAUGUGAAUGGUGCAUUUAUUCUGGGAGAGGGUGGAUUGUUUACAUCAUGUCUGGACUUUUGUCUAGUUGGGUAGACGGUUCUGCUACACCAGCAGUCCCACAAAAAAGAAGUCUUCGUAGAUAAAGAAGUCUACAUAGGCACUAUUUUGUGUCUUACUGUACACUUUUGAAUUUUAGCCAACAGAGAAAUAAGUAUUUGCACUGUAGUUUAACUGUGGAGCAAGAGACUAAUGGUUACAAGCAGAAGGAUUAAAAAUGGCACAUUUAAUUCUUGAGGAGAACUGGGAAGGGAAGAUCUCCAUGCGAUCGGCCACUGUAGCUCUGCCCUCACGGCAAGUGGGUUAUGAUUAAUCCGACGUGCAGUCUGUCUUUUGUUUUCAGUUGUAUGUUAAAGACUGACCUGUCACCUGGAGGAAGUGUUUGUAUUCAGCAGAGUUGAAUUCAAGAAGAAAUACUUUAAAAAAAAAAAAUACCAGAACGGAGUAUCUAAAGCAGCCAGGAAGAAGGAUUGUAAUAAAGAUGACAAGGCAGAGAAAUAACAGACAUCACAUAGACUAUGAACUACAGACAGACUGUGAAUUAUACUCUAGAGCCUGGUGUAUUAUAUUCAGUCAUAUGGUUUAUUGAUGACAUACUGUAGACAAGGGAGGAUGCUCUUUUAACAUCCAACAGAAAAAGGCAGUAAUGUACAAUUUCUCAGAUUCUCUUAUUUCUAAAUGAAUGUGUAUGAACUUCAAGCUACAUAAUGUUUCCCAGCUUCUGUUACUCCGUUGCUGUAAAAUACCCCAAAUUGGGUGGUGACUAGAGUCUGCAAAGGCUGGAACACAUACCUGCCUUGAGAUAUCCGUUUGAAGGAUGUGAGAAUUAUAGGGGAACAGAAUCAAGCCUAUUUUAAUAGCCUUUUUCAUCUGUUACUUUGUUGUGGGGCGAGGCUAUCAAUCUCAGCCGUACUUUCUUUCCUGUGACUCGGCAGGUCACAGAACCCUCCAGAUGACCAGUUCUCUGGGGGAGCAAUUACUACUCACGGGCUUCCUGCGCAGCUUGAUAAUGUUCUGCUUCUGUUUUCAGCCUGGCUGCAGCGGGGCAAUGAUUUGAUAAUAAGAGAUCCUGAUCAAAUUAGAGAGCCAUUUACUUCUGGAUGAUAAUGUUGAUGAAAGGGUUGAUGUCCACAGUGCCUGCUUGUUUAAAGGUCAAAGCAUAGUCUAACUAACUACAAACUACUACAAAAAGCAGAAGAAUCAGAAGCAGCGUAAAGUUUGCAUUUUCUUUUCCCUUCAUUGUCACAUCUGGGAGAGGGUCUGUUCUUUGUUGGCUGAAAUCCUGACUGGUGCUUUUUGCCUCAUAUUUGGAGGAGUUGGAAUUUGAAGUGGGCACUUUGGGAAGGUGACUAUAUAAUGAGUCUCUAACCUGGUAAAGUCUGUGAAUUAGAAUCAAGCCCUUGGGAGCUCUUGGUUCUCCGAGUUCCUGGUUCUCACACACACAAAUGCUCGAACUUGUGGGUUUUAAGACAACAGCUUUUGCUUUAGUUGGGCAUUCAUAAGUGAGGUUAUAUGUUCAGUGGUUCUUGUCUGAGACUCAAGAGUAGGAUGGGUCCGCUCUCAGUGGGGGUUUGUUAGAAUUUGGACUGUAUCCCACCUGCAGUGUUUAGAAAAGCAAGACAAGAGGGCCAUGAAAUCCCCCCAGUGUACCACUUGCUCAGCCCCUCUAAGUCAGGAGCUUUGCUGGCAACCUCAGAGCUCUGUGGGCUGUGGUGGUGACAGGCAGAGGGCGGGCAGGGUUGCCAGCGCCCCGCCUGGUCUGGGAUCGCCUGAGCGCAGCUCCGUGAGAGCUCAGGGACCACGUGGAGAUUGUGAUUGGUCUCUAGACCACACCUAGUUGGUGAGAGCAGCUGCUGCCUGAAAAUCCCUCAGCUCUGCUGACAUCGCUGGAGUGCACACAAGCCUACCUUCGGACACCAGACCAGAGAGGGACUGUGGAGCUGCCACGGUGGAGGAGUCGUGGAAACUUUGCUGAGUCCUCGGGCCUCCCGCGCAGAGCGAUGCCGGCCUCGACCACCAUCCACGUGCUGCAGCUGCUGCGGGAGCUGCUGGCCUUCGUGCUCCUCAGCUACACGGUGCUCAUCGGGGCGCUGCUGUUGGCGGGUUGGACCACCUACUUCCUGGUGCUGAAGUGACAGCGCCGCCGUCCCGGCUCGCCGGCCCGGCUCCCCGCCCCUCCCGCCUCCCUCCCCAGCCGCCUGCCCACCCGAGCGCCGCUCCGCCUCCGACCUCUGUGAACCCGCAGGCCCGCUAAUGAGAGAACGCUCCCGAAGCGAGGC